CACAAUGUCAAUAUACAAUGCGCAAUCCUGGAACGAUUGAAAAGUCGCAAUCGACAACGACCUAUGUCAGUGCUCACAUUGUCAAGCCACAAUGAGCUCCCCUGUAUCCAUUCAGAUAGCGCAACGCACUGAAUUCAUACCGGUCCCCCACCUUUACUACGAUUAUAAUCAAGAUCAGUCCACAGGAUCAGCUGCAACCUCUAUUUCCGGGAAAACUUCAACCCGGAAAAGCCCUUUCGACCCGGCACGCACCUUUUAUCACGACAGGCACCAUCAGCACAUACAACAACGUCAUACAAACCUGAAAAGCGACAUGGCUACCUAUUACUUUUAUGGAAAAGACGGCACAGUCACUACUACCCAUCUGAAUCCAAAUGCCCCAGCAUUCACACGUGGCCUCCAAGGAGCCACCUCAGAUCAGCAACAUGGAGACAUUGUUGGAGCCUAUCUUGCACACCGUGAAAUGACUUACACCGCACCGAAUCCAGAAGAAGCGCAUCAGUAUGGGAGCACCCCAUAUCAGCCAUGGGGCCAGCCACUCGACAACAGCGCUAUAUCAGAACCCAUGGAGCCAAGCCACUGGUCCAGCGAUGAAUAUGAGUCAUGUGACUAUCCGCCCAGUUCACAAGCUGAGUCUGUCAGUACUCUGGGUUACGCUGGAUGGGCUUCCCACUCAGGUGUAGCCCAUCCUUAUCCAAAUCCGGAAGACAUUCGUCAUAUGCACACAUUGCACAGCCUAUUGCCAUAUCUGCAACCGGAGAGAAAGUUGAACGCACUACACGGGCCGGCAGUCGAUAUCGUUGAGCAGGAUACUGGAGUCGUGCUUGCCUACCAAGUUCCCAAGAAGCUGCUGGUUUUGUUUCUUGGCCGGAGGGUUGUCAAUAAGUACAUCCGAACCAUACAGCGCCAAGAUGGCAAGGACUCGAGCGAGCCACCAACCUCUCAGGAAAUGAGUCUGCCUCGCGGCAAAAGCAGCAAGGCUUCAAUAAGGGUGUUGAUUGCCUGGAUGGCAAGGGCUUGCCAAUAUAGUACCAUGGCUACGAUGGAACAGAUUCGCAUUCCCAAGAAGACGUUUGUCGCAUGUUCAUUGGCUCAAACUAUGGAGCUUCUUGGCCUUCACAAGGAUGCUUUUCGAGUUGACAACUUCAUCGCACAGACGCAUUUUGUCCGCCCAAUCUUCGCAGUUGAGUUGGAGGCUUUGUGGAAUUGCCUUGGCGAAGAAAAUCGAUAUGUCUACGCGGCUAUCCGGGUUGUCGGUACCAGAUUACAGAUGCAUGAAAGCAACGGUUCAAAAGCAGUUCCUGGUAUUGACGCUGACAUGUACGCUACGCUGAAAAAGUACCCACAACUGGAAGCCCGUGUGCGCGAUCCGGAGCUGAACGAACGGUAUCAUCCAAACUUCAGCACUGACUGGACAAAAGGGCUGAGAGGUAAAGAGACAAACAACAGGAUGGAUAGUUCCCAGGGUGGUCAUGAUACUGUCCACAACCACUGGUCACAGGAAGAUGUCAACAAGACCCACACGACGGAUAUCGAGGACGCAACACACGAUCUCGAGAGCUUGAGUAUCAUCUCGGAUGACUCGAAGCUCCCGGUAGCCCAUGCGGAGAGCGAUAUCAUGCCACAGGAUGGCAGUAACCCAACCCAAUGCCAGCGCCAUGGCGAUCAUGCCCCCUACAGACAAAGCAUACCAUAUUGGGAUGACUUCAACGGCAUCAUUUAUGAAAUUCCUUUUAGGAAGCUUCUCCCUCCGUCGAAAACAUCUUCGCAGCAGGCAGAUGGAGGCCGCAAUGAUGAGCCACAAAACUCCUGUGCUGAAAUUGCAGGAGACGGACCGCAUGGGGAGAAAGAGGCUAUCUGUACAGUACCAAGUCCCUCAGAUAUUUCACAAGAGUAUAUGCCCGAUGGGGAGAGCACGAAGUCCUCAAAUCUCGCGCCAUGUGUCAAUGCAGAGGGGACGCAGAGCAAAGAAAGUCUUUCAGGUUCGACGAAAGAUGUGGUUCACGCCAAGGAAUCUGUUGAAAGCACAUCAUACAACGAAUAA